CGUUUAAAUGGUUUAAAUAAAUUGGAUUAUUUUUAAAUGGUUUAAAUUACCACAUUCUUUGUAGCUUGUUUUUUAUGACAAUUUCAUGCUCAUAUAUAACGUCAAAUUUACUAAAUGGAAUCAAUCAAUAAUGGCAUAUCAAUAUCAGAAUUUAUUAAGAGGCACUUGAUAUUUUCAAGCACCAAACACUAAACAGAAAAAGUUAUGCCAGAUUCCACUAGCAAGCUGAGACACUCAGCAAUUGCAGCAAAUGGGAACAAAACAAAACUACACCAAGGAAAAGAGAACAAAUGCAAAACGUAUCCUCAUUUAUCCAAUUGCAGUUAAAGCUCAAAACUAGUUAUAGAAAUAGCAAUACCAAACAGUGUAGAAAGCACGUGGUGACAACACCAAUCCACGUGACCAAUAAAAAUGACGCAAACGGUUUCGGCUACGCGGCGAUGAUAUCAAAGUAGAAGCAAACAAAAUGUCGCUAUUUGACACUUUCCCUCCCCAGAUAUAAAAAAAAAAUAAUGAAAAAUUCCUUUCUCAGAAAGGGAAUAUACUCGCGCCAUUGCAUUCCAAUUCAUUUCAUAACCGUUUCUUGCUGCUUCUUCUUCUUCUUGUUCACUCUCUCUUCAGAUCUACUUUCUCUCUCCUCUCUCUCGCAACGCAUCAAUGGCUUCUUACUCUGGUCUACUCAACCACCGCAACCUCCCUCUCCGUCUCUCCCGGAUUAACCACCUCUCUCCCUCUUCUCAUUUCCACUGCGCUACUCUCAAAUUACGUCCAUUGAUUAUUCGGCAAUACAGGCUAUGUGUUCGACGUAAUGUCAUUUCUACUAAAGCUUUCGACGAGGAUUCAUUUGACUUUCCAAUACUUGAUAAUUGGGGUCCUGAAGAGAGUUCUUCAUACGUGCUCUUAUCCAGUGACGAAGAAGACUUUGAUGACGAAGUCUUUCUUAUCCCACUGAAUGAUGUUGAUCUGCCUUCUGCUUCUGCUUCUGCUUCAAAUAAUGAUGCUUUAACAGUGGCUUCUCAUCGGCUUGCAACCAUUGGGAGGGGACACAAGAAACAUAGGAUCAGUUUAGGCCUUUUCAUCACUAUGGGGCUGAUAAUCAUCUUGACGGUACUGCUUUUAUAUGUGGAUUGGUUUGUGUGGAAAAUUGUUAGACUGCCGUUAGCACCUUUUUACUUGACUCGCCCAUUUCUCGUAUCAGCCAUUCUGGUUUCUUUUGCUGGCUAUGUUUGUGUCCCAAUUUUUCAUCAUUUGAAAGCUAUCCACAUUAUGAAGCUACGAGGGCCUCUUAGACAUCAGUUGAAAAGAAGGACACCUACAUUGGGUGGUUUACUUUUUGUACCUAUUGGUAUAAUUGUUGCUCAUGUUAUUGCUGAUUCCUCAUCUAUAGAAGUGUCCGGGGUUUCUGGUGUAACAAUUGCAUUUGCAGCAGUCGGUUUACUCAGCGACAUAUUAAACCUCACAAAGAAUCAUUGGAGAGGUUUACCAGCACUGGCAGAGGUUUUCUUGGAGGUAGCUGUUGGAACGUGCUUUUCGUUUUGGUUGAACAUCACCAGUAUAUCUUCACCCUAUGGCAUGAAAACAUUGCUUCCCUUACCAGUAGGCCUUGUGUAUUUGGGGCGAUAUUACCAUCUCUUGACCUCGUGUUGUUUUGUUUCCAUGGCACAUGGGGUUAAAUUAGCAGAUGCUCUUGAUGGACUUGCCGGAGGUACUGCUGCAUUGGCUUUUAUUGGAAUGUCAAUAGCUGUGCUUCCGAUAUGUUCAGAGCUUGCUAUAUUUGGAGCUUCAAUGGCUGGAUCUUGUGUUGGAUUUCUUCUAUACAACAGACACAAAGCAUCUGUUUAUAUGGGUAAUACAGGAUCUUUGGCCCUUGGUGGUGCAUUAACUGCAAUGGCUGCUUGUACUGGAAUGUUCUUCCCACUAUUAAUUUCUUCUGGAAUUUUCAUAGUCGAGUCGUCAUCAGUUAUUCUUCAGGUUUUGCACUUGAAGAUAACUAAAGGUUUGCUGGGAGGAAGUUGGGCCUUUUUAAGAAUGCCACCCUUGCAUCGUCGCCUCCAGUUGCUCAGGUUCAGAGAACCAAAUAUUGUACUAGGUGCAUAUUUGAUUUCAUCUGUAUUGGCUUUGCUGGGCGGAUACGUGGGUCUCAUUUCAGCUUAACAAGUUCUGAGUGGCGUGAAACUUCUCGUUUUUUAUAUCAUAGCAGCAUAUAUCGGAUCGUGUCUUCAAAAGAAAAAGCAGCAUGUAUCCUCAUUGAGUUGGUCUAGAACACUAACCAAUACAAGAGAAGUUGUUUUACACACCCGUCAUUGCUACAAAACUUUCACCUUACUUUUCUUUUGAGGAAAACUUUUGAUUGAAAGUACACUUCGCAUGAUCACAUCAAGAUCAUGUGUUCUAACCAUAUUUUCGCUUGUGAUCAAUACAUAGAUAGAAAAUGGGAUAGGAUAUUGAGUUUAACAGGGUUUGGGAAGUAUACUGAGUUUGGUUAGAAGUAUAUACUUUUUUGAUGUUGAAAGUAAAAGUAUUAUGUUUCUCAUUACAGUUGUGCAGCACUUCAUUUGCAACACAUAGUGUAUCUUUGGUUCUCAUUUUGGAAGAGACAAAUAAUUCCAAUGUAAAAUUGAUUUUGACUUGUUUGAUUCUUUAAUUGAUUUUGACUUGUUUGAUUCUUUAAUUGAUUAUGCUGUUCACCAUUGAUUAUGGGUGUUCAUGGUUGCGGAUCAUCCUACAAUCCCGUUCACCCAAAUCAAACCAACCCAUAAAUUACCUGAACCUGUUCACUUACGGGUAUACCCAACCCAACCCGCAACAACCCAUUUAGUUUUGGUUUGGAUAUUGGAUUUGAAUUUUACAACCCGUUGACCCAAACCAAUUAAAGUGACAUUAGUAAU